AUGCUCAAAACUCAAGUUCUUUACACUAUCGUUUCAUUCCUUAUUGCUGCCAAUGCCCUUCCAGUUCCUCAACCUGAUGCAGUAGCUGAAGCAGUUGUUGAAGAUAGUUUGGAAAAACGUAGUGAUAACGGUAAUGACAACGGUAAUGUUAAUGGUAAUGCCAACGGUCCCGGUGGUUGGAAUGGUAAUUACAACGGAAACUCCAAUGGUAAUAAUAAUGGCGGAUGGUACUCAUACAACAAUGGUAAUUCCAAUGGAAACUAUAACGGUAACGAAAAUGGGCCAGGUGGAAACAACGGUAACUCCAAUGGUAACUCCAAUGGUAACUCUAACGGCUACUGGGGCUACUAUGGCUAUUCAGGAAACAAUGGUAACAACAAUGGUAACCAAAAUGGUAAUGCCAAUGGUCCUGGUGGUAACAAUGGUAACAGCAAUGGUAAUGGAAAUGGUAAUGGAAAUUAA